CUACAAUGUUAUUUUUCUGACUGCUGCUAGUGGACGAGAAAUUUGGUCUCGCGGAGAAGUGAGUGGGUUUGUGCUGGUGUUCGUGUUCGAUAUUGUGAUUUAUUAGUAAUAGAUCACGAAGAUGUCGUCACCGAGCGCUGGGAAACGUCGGAUGGACACAGAUGUCAUCAAACUCAUUGAAAGCAAGCACGAGGUGACCAUAUUGGGCGGGCUCAACGAGUUCUGCGUGAAAUUCUUCGGACCCCCAGGAACCCCAUACGAGGGUGGCGUGUGGCGCGUACGUGUGCACCUCCCCGACCACUACCCUUUCAAGUCACCCUCCAUCGGAUUUAUGAACAAGGUCUACCAUCCCAACAUCGACGAGGUAUCGGGCACUGUAUGCUUGGACGUUAUCAAUCAGGCCUGGACCGCACUUUACGAUUUGUCGAACAUAUUCGAGUCGUUCCUACCACAGCUGCUGACGUAUCCUAACCCCAUAGACCCACUGAACGGAGACGCUGCCGCCAUGUACCUGCACAAGCCUGAAGAGUAUAAGAAGAAAGUUUCAGAUUACGUGAGAAGAUUCGCCACAGAAGAGGCUCUGCUAGAAAAAGACGCCAUCACUGGCAUGGGCGGCGCGCCGGCCUCCUCCUCGGCGACCAAGGCCAACGGCGCCGCCAACAACAACGCGUCCGACACCGAGAGCUCCAUGAGCGACUUCAGCGACGACGAGGCGCACGGCAUGGAGUUAUAACGCACGCCCGCGUCACCACACUCGCUCACCGCCGCCGUGCAAGUGCAAGUGCACGUGCACCUGCCGCCCGUCGGCUGCCGUUAGGUUUUUCAAUUUAGAACGGAACGUUGGGGGUUUCGGAAUUGUACAUAGUUAUGGGGAAUGUUCGUCUGCUAUUUAAUUGAUUUAUUUAAAGUUACCUAUAUUCAGUUCGAUAGUAAAAAGUAGAGAUAAAAUAUAGUCAAACUAAAAUAUUGUAUAUUGUUGGCUAAGUGUCAACCUGAUAAAUCUAUUUUUGAAAAUAGAGAAAUUUGUACCUACUUUGAUCGAUAUUAAUGUUAAAAACAAAUUAAUUUCAAAAUGGGUUUAGCAGGUUUACACUCUUACCGAUAUGUGCUAUUUCAGCUAUUUGUUUCUAGCGACACGAGGAUAUUCGUCAUAUAUAUGUCAAAAUAAACGAAUGUUGUUACAUUUAAAUGUAAACAUUAUACAACCUAUACAACCUAAGUUAAAUGUAUUAAUAUUUACCUAUCAUAUGAACACAGCUUAAUAUGUACCUAAAGUAAAUAAUUUUCUACUAUUUACUGUCGAACUGUAAAAGUAUUAACUAUUUUUCUUUAAAAUGUAGACGAUUCAAAGCCUUAACUAUGUACAAUAACUUUGAAAUUCGCCUAUUAAGUUGUUUGAAUUUGGAUCGUUGGAACGUUUCGGGAGCUGUUUUGAAUUUGGAAUCGGUUCGGAUAUCGACUCUGUUUGAAUUUCGAAUUUUGCUGUUUUUAGCGAUGAAAAACGUCAGUACGAGACUAUGGUCCGAGGAUUUAGAAAGUAAUGACAAUACAAUUUAGGUAUAACCUAAAAAUAUUUACAAAUUGUAUUGAAAUGAUAACUUUCGGGGACCAUGAGUGUCAGCAUUUACUCUCGUGCUGCGUUGAUUCGUGAACUGUAUUUUAGUCCAUCUUAUCAAUUUAUUAUUAACGACUAAUGCUGUAACUAUAAUUCUAAUAAUGUUUGGUAAAAUGUUAAAUCGCGUGAUAUAUCAAUGUCUGUCGAGUGGCUUCUCAAUUGCAAUUAUAAUAUUGAUAUAAAAAUCAACAGACCUAAGUGGGAUGAACAUUUACUGGUACCUAAAGCAAUAUAAAUAUAUCAAAUUUUAUAAUUUUCAUCCUUAAAGGCCUAAGACUCGAAGCCACAAAAAAGUAAAUAAAAAUAUUAUGUGCAAUAUACCGUAAAUUGAAGUCCUAGGUCUUUUGAUUUUAAUAGCGUCUUUUUUUGAUAACUCACUAUUUAUUCCUUAUUUACCAGAGUAAUAACGAGUCAUUAAAAAGAGAAGCUCUUAAAGAUCUUGAAAAGCAGCAAUAAGAUGCAAAUUUUCUUAAAAUAGCGAUGAUGCCUGUAGAUUUGAAUCGAUAUGUCUUUACCAUAGUAUAAACAGGGCAAAGUAUGUUAUUUUCAUAGAACGCACCGCGCGCGACUUGUAUGUGUGCGCCAUAGUAUCUAUGCGUCGCCGCACGCACACUCAAACAAAAUCUCGACCCGUUUCUCAGUGCGCCCGUAGAGAUUUUGUUUGAGUGUGUGUGCGGCGACGCAUAGAUACUAUGGCGCAAACAUACAAGUCGCGCGCGGUGCGUUUGUAUGAAGAUAACAUACUUUGCCCUGUUUAUACUAUGUCUUUACUCUGUCGUCGUGUUCGCUACCAUAAAAUUUGCUAAAAAUCAUUUGGACCAUAAGUACCAAUAUAACGUUUUUAAAUAUGCUUCUCGCAUAAUAAAUCCUACAAUUCUAGCCCAUUUUACAACAGCUAAUCUUGGAUUCUAUGUUAUAUCAUCGGUUUUAUUACCUAUUCACGGUUCACCUUACCUAUAUGCUGCUCACAUUAUGAAUACCCUAAAUUUACAUACAUACAUAUAAUCACGCCUAUUUCCUGGAGGGGUAGGCAGAGACCACGGGUUUCCACUUGCUACGAUCCUGACAUACCGCUUUCGCUUCCUUCACUUUCAUAACAUUCUUAAUACAUGCUCGCCGGUUUAGGGUGCUCUUGACCUGGCCUUUCUUCAGGAUUUUCCCGAUCUGAUCAGAGAAAGUCCGCCGAGGUCUACCCCUUCCAACUCCCGCUUCUACUUCUCCAUAUCCUAAAUUUAGCCUGUUUUAUGCGAGCUGAUCUUUGAUUCUGUGAUGUCAUCGUCUUUGACUUAGACAGCGGGCCUGUGAUGGUCAUGAUGAUUAAACAAAAUUACAAACGCUUUUGGUAGCAGAUACGACUCGGAGUAAAUUUUUGAAUCAUCGUCAACCUCAAUAUGUUGAAUUUGAAAAAAAAAAACAUAUCUGACACCUGCGGGCGCAGCAUGGUUCCAUUUUUAUUGCCCGUCACUAUGCCCGUCACUUUCGCACAUACUUACUCGUUAGAACGUGACAGGCACGGUGACCAGCGAUAAAAAUGCGACCGUGCUACCGCCGCAGGCCCCUACUUCACCAAGGUACCACAAUUGUCGACACAACUGUUACACACACUCACAGGCCUCCAUAGGCUACGGUAACCGCUUACCAUCAUACGGGCGGUGUGUUUGUUUGCCACCAACAUUUUAAUUUAAAAAAAACUCCAUUACAUCUCCAAUAAUAUGAGUACUUAUUUUGCGAAGCUAAUGACAGUUGUCACAAGAAACACGACCAUUGUCACGAAAUUCCGACACAAAAGUAUUUUCCCGUCAUGAAUUACUGGAAAAUCUUAAAUCUUGCGUCAAUUUUCAUCAUCAUCAACAUAAACUUCGCAAGAGAAAUACCUGUUUUUUGCCGAUGUAAUAAAGUUUUUUAAAUAAUACGACGAUUGUGGCAAACAGGAAUACGGCCCGCCCGAUGGUAAGCGGUAACCGUAGCCCAUGGAUGCCUGUGACGUCAGCAGCAGCAACAGUGAUGUUUUAUAAUUAUCGUACCCGUCACCUUGGUGAAAUAGGGGCCUGGAUAAUCAGUAUCGCUAUGAUGCUUUUACUUUUGUCGUCAACUGUGUUAUACAUCUCGUUCUUGCAUACUAGUUGGAAAGUGACGGUCACAAUAACAGACGUUAAAGUGCAAUCAUCAUAGACCCGCUGGUUAGACAAAUAGAUUGACAUUAUUAAUCAUAACUUUCAAAUUCAGUUUACAUUUGUUGAGAUGACGACGAUUCAAACACUCGAAUAAAAGUUGUAAAAUGGUUGUUCGACUUCGUGUUUAAAAGUUAUCGGUGUGUUAAGGAUUGAUUCAUAGUUCGGCUUGUCUUUUGUCCUGCUCUUAGGCUAGCGGCAAUAUGAAUAGGGAAUAAAGUGUUCACAAGUUUCGGUGUAACUAACUUUAGGGGUGCGGUUAUGUAGCGCUGAGUUUAGGCAUAUUUUUAAACAAAUUUAUAUUUUAAUAUGGUCCUAAAACGUAUAGUUCAACUUUUGCUUAUACAAACGCCUAUGUAUUUUAAAUACAAAAGUUUCCUGAGACUUUGACAUGUUAAGUAGGUCGGGUGCGUUGGAGUAAGAUUAAAGGGUUUUUUAUGAGGGAUAAGACAAAAAAAAACCGUAUGCCAAAGCAUUACGGAUGAGUUUUCAUCUUACCCCUCAUAAAAAAACCCUUCAAUCUUACCCAAACGCACCCUACAUUUAAAACGGGUCACUCACGUUUCCAAGCGUUUACGUUUAAACGUGAGUGACCCGUUUUAAUUUAUUUAGUAUACAGUUUAUUUUGUUUUAUGUCUUGCUAUUCUUGACAUUUGUGAUGCCAACAUCUUUAGGAUAAAAAUGGUCUACUACUUGAUCUAUUGUAAUAUCAAGGCAUAAACAACACUGAAACGCAUUUGGGACAUAUUAUAAAAAGCUAAAUUUGGUUUAAAAACUGCUUGAAUUUUUCCGUAGGUGUCUUGUAUCAAACAUGUAAACGUUAGAUUUUAAAUGCGUAUGAUAACAUACUCAUAUUAAAAAAACCUUAUAAAACUCAAGUUUUAACACGCGUGAGUGAGCGAGGUAGCAUUUUGUAAAUAUCUUAAAUUUGGUCCCCAUAGCAUAAAACAACUUAAAUCUAAUGAGCCCGUCAUGGACUACAGUCAUCACUUUAUAUCUCAUAGGUAUUUAAAUAUUUUUUAUCGUAGCAUUAAUUUUUAAACGAACGAUGUGUCAUGUCUUGUGUUUUUCCCUUGACAUAAUUUCUACGGCAACAUUUGUCUAUUAUUUUUGACUGUUGUGAUUAUGAAAUGCGAAAUCUACAUCUGUGAUUUAUUCUCGAUUUUUAAAGUGACAAUUCAGUGGUGAGGGGAUUCAUUCAGUACUUAUGUGAUCGCUCUUUCUGACAAUAGACAUAUUUGUUUUAUGAGCGCAAUUUUUUUGACUUACAACGUCUCCUGAUAAUUAAGAACCGAACCCAUCCACCCCAGUAAUGGAACAUGACAAUUAUAUGUACCACAGUACCAAUAUAUAUUUUUUGUUCCCUAAAUUGGCAAUUAACCUCUUAAAUCUGAAAAAUAUAGCUCGUGCUAAACUAAUAGGGGACGAACAGAAAAUAAACCUAAAAGAUUAAUUUUUAGUAUGAACUCUAGGUAUUUGACAAAAAUAACAUUUUUCAGGCUAUAUCACUGUUGCACAUUUAUUAGUCUGCUUGGUUUCAUAAUAAAAUUCAGGAUGGUGUUGUAAGAUAUUUUAACUUUAAUAGUUUGCUUACACCAAAUAGGUAGCAUUUCUGUAUGACUUGACAGUAGCUACGCCGGUCCUGCCAAAAGGUUUGGUGUUUUCAGAUGUCCUUCUCAGCAAAAACACAUCAAGAAAAUAAUCAAUAUGAUCAUAAAUUUUAUUAUGACAUUGUCAAUUUUAAACUGAAAGGUCAUGAUACCUAUAAAAUGCAUUUUUUGAAGUUAUGUUUGAUAAGUACUUAAAAUAAAUCAAUACGUCAUAAGUUAAAUGUUUUCAACUAACUUUUUAUCUCUUUUUAAUAUGUUGAGGUUGAGAGUAAAAUAAAUAAAAUAUCGUCUAUUAUUACAUUACUAAUAAAUAGUAAUAAUAGAGAGUUUUUAUGUAUCUUUUUUUUGUAAAAUGUACAAGAUCGAUGCAGGUUUUUGCCCAAAUAUGAUGAAGGACAUCUGUAAACUGAGUAACAUUACAAAACAGAUCUCUAAUAUGACAUGUUGCGAACUAUAAGUGUUGCAAUCGUCGGUAAAAAUAAGUUUAGUAUAGAUGAAGUUCACUAGUAGGAACUGUCGGUAUUCUGAAUAAUACUGUCUCAUUCAUUUCAAUUAGGUAAUUUGUCAAAAAAUGGCGUUAAUAUGUUUUAUGAUUUUUUUACAAUAUCAAAGGGUAUUUAUUUCUAUUAUAACACAUGAUUAUGACGUUACAUGUAUAUUUUCCGGAAUGUUCAAUAAAACUAUUUACUUAUAUAUUUUUAUUAAAAUCAGUUUUGAGAUAUUUAACAUACUAAUAUGUUUAUAAAUUACAGCUUUGUGUGGUUAUUAGUGUUUUGCCAAUUACCGGAUCUAUAAAUAUAUAUUUUAAUUAAAAAUACAAACAUUAUUGUUCUAAUAUUCUCGAUAGUUCCUACCGGUAAGCGCUUUAGAUAUAACACGAAGAAUAUAUGAAUAUUAUAGAUAUAGACAUAUUGUAUCUUUGAAAUGAUAACUCAAGCCAUAAUAAUAUAUUUUGGUAUAAGGAGAUAACAGAAAAUUUCUCGUUUUUAUUAUGAAAGUUGGGUUGGCAGUAUUGUUUUGGUAUUUAAGUAUACAUAUUAUUGAGCAUGUGCCAGGCCCGGUUUUGGAUUGCACGUUAAGCGAUAGUUAUACAAUCAAUAUGUGGAUUUGAGAAGAUUUUUGGGCGCAUAAAUAUUAUGUAUAAAUUUCUCUGCUUGGCGGUGAUUUUUGCAAAAAACUUCUCAAUGCAAGUUAUUUUGACGUGAUCCUAUGACAAAGGAACUUAAAGUCUGCAUAUUAAUUAUUAAAAUAAAUAAAUAAUAUUAUAUGCCUUUUGGUUGUUAUUCUGUAAGCACUUAGCACUGUGUCAAUAAAAAACUUUUUUUAUAAAUAUUUUUAAUGUAUUUGUUUGGGCAGUUGCAUUAAACUACAUGUAAAUUAAACUACAAAAUGCAGAUGCUUUAAAUUCUACCUCACAAUGGCGGUUAUUUUGUCUAUGGUCAUGAUCACGUCACAAUUACUUUUUUAUCGCUAUAUAAAUAGAAUCAAAUCAAUGGUGUCCCGCCCAUAGCGGUUGUACAUGUGAGAAUAAAGCGUUUUUAUUCUAUUUUUAUUUCAUUACAUGUAAUAAACUUACGUUAUUUUUAA